AUGAGAUAUGACUUUCACAUAUUUGUUGACGAACUUGCAAAACAAGCAGCCCAGGAAAAAGUAAGUUUUCGCAUUAUUCCGAAAACAAAAGAAAAUUACCAUGCAAUGUACUACGAUGGGGGUCAGUUCAAAUUCAUCGACUCGUUUCACUUUCUUUCAAGUUCUUUGGCCACCCUAGCUCACUCAAUCCACACCGGUAAGGAUGGGGAGGACAUUCAAUUUAAGCUUCUAUUUGCUUAUGUCAAUGAAAACAAAGAGCUCUACAAUUUAGUGAAAGCGAAGUCUGCAUUCUGCUACGACUUCUUAGACUCUGAGCAGAAGUUAGAAUUGGAAGAAUUACCUGCAAAAGCAGAGUUUUUCAAUUCUUUGGAGAACAGCGAGAUUUCUGAUGAAAUGUACCAGCGGGCACAGAAGGUUUGGUCAAUCAUGGGCAUGAAAUCAUUGAAAGAUUACCUCACUCUGUACCUCCAUUGCGACACACUGAUUCUCGCUGAAAUAUUUGAGAAUUUUAGGAAUGUGAGCAUGAAAAACUUUACACUAGACCCGUGUCAUUUUGUCUCCACUCCAAGCUUUUCUUUCCAUUGCAUGCUCCGUCAUACCGGUGUCAAAUUGGAUUUAUUACAAGAUAUGGAAAUGGUGAAUUUCUUGAGGUCUGGGGUGCGCGGUGGGGUAUCUGGUGUAAUGAAACGCGAAGUUCAUCGGAACAUGCCCGACAUGAGUGAUUAUAGACCCAACAUGUUAAAGUGUGAAAUAGUCAAUUUGGAUUGUUGUAGCAUGUAUUCCUUUUGCCUACGAUCACAUUUACCAGUUGGCGAUUUCCGUUGGUUGAGCGAUACAGAGAUGAAGGAAUUCGAUUUGCACUCCGUAGCAAAAGGUGGUGAUCAAGGCUUCAUCUUAAGUGUGGAUUUGGACUACCCGACCCACUUGCACGAUUUACACAAUGAUUUACCACUGGCCCCCGAGCACUAUCAGAUUAGCCCGGCAGAUUGGUCACCUUAUGCACAUGAAGUGGCUGCCGACCUGGAGUUGACCAUCAGGAAAGCUAGCAAAAAACUCGUUCCUCACUUGGGUCCCAGGCGAAGUUACGUCAUCCAUCACGAGACCUUGCGCACCUAUUUGAAGUUAGGUCUUGUCUUGGUCAAAACUCAUCGAAUUCUCACCUUCACCAAAAGCAAGUUUAUGGAAAGCUACAUUGAUUUCAACACACAACAAAGACAGAUGGCAAAAAGCGAAUUUGAGAUUUCAUUCUACAAGUUAAUGAAUAACUCUGUCUAUGGCAAAUUGCUGCAGGAUUCAUCAAAAUUUACCAAUUUCCAAUUGGUGUCCACAAGCAAAAAAAUUCUGAAGUUAACCAGUAAAAUCAAUUUCAAAUCGGUCACUAUUUUCAAUUCGUCUUUGGCGGGAAUCGAAUUGAAACCUACCACGGUUUUGAUUAACCAACCGAUUGCCGUUGGCUUCGCCUGCCUCGAUCUAGCCAAGAAUCACCUGUACAAAAUGCACUACAAUUUUGUCAUGAAACUGUUUGGCUCCGACUGUGAGUUGAUUUACAGAGACACCGAUAGUUUAUACUAUGCUAUCAGCAAUAGAGAUGAGCCUUGUGAAGAUUUGUUUCGUUUCAAACGAUACUUUGAUCUUUCGAAUCUUCCGAAAUCAUCACCAUUCUACUGCGAAACUAAUCACCGAAGACCGGGUGCAUUCAAACACGAAAGUCCGUUGGACCGUGUCAGCGAUUUUGUAGGCCUACGGUCAAAGAUGGCCCGUCUCCAUUAG